AGCCACGCCCCAUGGUGCUUCGAGUAUAACUUAUCCGCACGCAGCUUACCGCAUUCAGAGGCACGAGCAGCUGUAGUACCUCGGAUUGAAGUGACUCAACGCUGAAGAUGUUUCUGGCGAAGAAGCUGAUUGGUGGACUCAUCGAUGUGGUCAGCAACAUCGAUCCCGGCCAGUUCGUGCCCUCCGAACCUCCUUCUGCUCGCAGACCAUUGGCGUACGUCCAGGCUAACGAGAACGAUGAGGAGCGACAGUUCCGUAAAGUGUUCCAGCAGCUCGCUGGCGAUGACAUGGAGGUGAGCCCCACUGAGCUGAUGAACAUCCUCAACAAAAUCAUCUCCAAACGUGGCGACCUGAAGACAGAUGGCUUCUCUAUCGAGUCCUGCAGGAGUAUGGUGGCCGUCAUGGACAGCGACAGCACGGGCAGACUGGGGUUCGAAGAGUUCAAAUACCUCUGGAACAACAUCAAGAAGUGGCAGGGCAUCUAUAAGCAGUUUGAUGCCGAUCAGUCCGGCAUGAUCGGCGCAGACGAGCUGCCCAAAGCAUUCCAAGCUGCAGGCUUCCCCCUGAACGACCAGCUCUUCCAGCUGAUCAUCCGCAGGUACAGCGAUGAGAAGGGCAACAUGGACUUCGAUAACUACAUCGGCUGCCUGGUCCGGCUGGACGCGAUGUGCCGUGCUUUUAAGACGCUGGACAAAGACGGCAACGGCACCAUCAAAGUCAACAUCAAAGAGUGGCUGCAGCUGACCAUGUACUCCUGAGCGACUCGCCGUGCCUGGAUCACUAAUUCCACGCAUCGUAUUCACCACAACGCUAGCCAAAGCAAAUUUACACACAACCCAACGUGGCUCUGAUUAUUAUUAUUAUUAUUGGUUUUUAUUUCAUCAUGCGUUACUGAUUCCUUUUGUCCGCUAGAGUCAUUUACGUGAAGAAAUAAGCCUAGAAAGCGUUUUCAACGUGAUUCUCGCCCAGUGGCGUGCUUUUUUAAUCUGUACGGCAUGAAUAAAAUCUGCAUGAAGCCAAAAGGGGGCGCCUCUGUACAGAAGGAAAGUUAAAUGUACACGCUUAAAUUUUAUAGGAAAUAAAGUAUAUACAAGAAAAAGAAAGAA